AUGAGUGCCAGACUGUUCUUCUAUGCCAAACAAUGCGACGUCUCCGUAGCCCCCCGACAGUUCAAGGAGGCCUCCCUGGCCCGAGAGGUCGAUCGACUUCGCUCCUUCUACGAGAAAAUCGAUGUUCAUGCCUAUGAAGAGACAAGAACCCUGGUAAAUUCACCCGCUCAUCCAGACAGCAGGAUAAUUGAACAUUUCACACAGUAUCCCCAUUGGAUCGGCCGCAGGGACAAGAGAGGCCAGCCGAUUUGCAUGUUCGAUGUCGCGAAGCUGGACUCCAAGACCAUGGCAGCAUUCAAAAAGUCCUCGGCCAAAAUGGAGGUUAAAGGGUCGGAUUUGAAAAUGCCGGGCAUCGUUUCGACGGAGAUGUUACGUGCUUUUACCAUAUUUGAUACGCUGGCUCGGUUCGUGAUGCCGCUGUGCUCUGCCGUCCCCAGUAGAAAGUAUCCGGACAUAGCAGUCACAAAGACGCUCUGCGUCAUCGACAUCUCGGGUAUGGGGCUUCGUCAGUUCUGGAAUCUGAGGGGGUAUCUGCAGGAUUUUAGUAGGCUGGUCGGGAUCAACUAUCCUGAGAUCCUCGACCAUGUUCUCGUACGCUUUUCACCUGCAUCACUCCGUUUCCAGUCGGUCACCACUGUAACAAUAUCGCUAAUUGGCAGGCACCAGGUCAUCGGAGCACCUUCCUACUUCCCAACUGUCUGGAGCUGUAUUCAGAAAUGGGUGGGCGCCAAUAUCGUCAAGAAAAUCCACAUUUUGCAGCCGUCGGAGGUCCUGCCUACGCUGCAGAAGUAA